UUUCUGCAGAAGCACACAAGGGGAGGGGAACCAAAUGACAGUCCCACCACAGACCCUGAGCUGCAGCCGUGACAAAAUCCAAUCAACAGGUGGGUAAAUUACGUCUGAGUCAGCAAGAAGGACUGCUGGGCCGAAGACUAGCGGGGCUGGAUUUCACACCGUGCACAUAUUUGGAGUCUGAGGAAUCCUGAAAGCCAGUUGUCACUUCAUUCAUGUUGCACAGCGAACCCCAACAAGCCAACAACCAGAGACUUCAAGUUUUAUAUGCAAGCAGCAGCUUUGGAUUUCUGCAGGAUUAGCCGCCGAGGAAGAGCAGAGGAUCCGAUCUCGAGCUUUAAAACAAAAGCUCACCUUGACAAACUGACCUCAGGGGAUUCCUGUCUGCAGUCUUCUGGUCAUGGCUUGUACACGUGAACUGCGCGUGCUGGAACACGUUAGAAACUGACUCCUUUCUUUUAGCAACAACGGUGAUUUAAGAUGUUCCUCAACACGGCGCUGGUGGUCUUGACAGACCUGGCAGCCAGGUUACUUGGCAACAAGCUGUUCAGGCAGCAUUUCCACCUGCUGCUCUCAGCUGCUCUGGUGUUCGGCCCUGCGCUUAGCUUCUGGGUAUCUCAGCACAGCAUCUUUGCCAGGAGAAGCCAUUUCCUUUACAGGUUGUUCCUGCGCUCUGGUUGGGGCUGGACGUGCGUCUUUGUUGGCUCCUUCGUCUUUCUCCUCUCCUACUCCAUCCGUCGCUCCCUCUUCCUCUCCCUCCGUCACCUCAGCAGGCUUGCGGUGGCUGGAGGACUUUGGCUUUGUUUCUGCAAGCUGCUGGACCUCCUGGAGAACACCACAGGAAGCUGCUAUGAAUCUUUACACACUAGUCCCGAGGUCCCCGAUGGGCAGCCUCUGCUGGUACUGAGGGAGGGGGAGAGCAAGUCCGAGUGCCUGAAAGCCGGGAUGGUUUGGAGAGGUUACGAGGUUUCAGAGGACGUCUUCCUUCUGUGUCUGUGCUGCCUGCUGCUGGCAGAGGAGACGGCCGUGUUCGGCCCCUAUCUGAGCCUGGGGGGGGCCUCAGACGCCCCGCUGAGGAUCCUCUUUUUGUUCUGCGUUCUCCUUCUUGGACUGUGGAUCUUUCUGCUGCUCUGCCUCUUAGCCUACUUCCCCCAGUUCCCCACCCAGUUGCUGGGAGGUGCUCUAGGCUGCCUCAGCUGGAGGGGACUGUAUCAGGGCUGGUACCGCAUGGGGCCCAGCUGGUACUGCCCGGGUAGGCCUGGGCAGGGACUGCUUAACAAAAAGCCCAGCAGCACUGAGGCAGAGGAUGCACUAAGCCACAAUCACUACAAUUAACUGAUUAAGAUAAGAUCCAAAGCAUUGAACUUUAUAUUCUUUAAUCUUCAACAAAUGUUGGCCUCCAUCUGUGUAUAAACCUGUGCAGUAAAUGUAUGUUGCAUUAAAGGUUCAUUAAUGCAAAUUAAA